AUGCCUCGCAAGAAGCAGCAGCCCAUUGUCGAUACCGCAGCAAAUGGCGACGCCUCGAUGGACACUGAUGGCCCCGUUGCUGGCCCUUCAUCGGCAGGAGGAGCGGCAGCAAGAUCGCAGGGAGGCGUCAUCUCCGAGUCGAUCCGCAAGCAGAUGAGCCUCGAGGGCAUUGAGGCGUACGAGAUGCCCAAGGCUGUGCUCGCUCGUGUAGCAAAGGCAGAGCUGCCCGAAAACGUCCAGAUUCGCCGCGAGGCCCUUCUCGCCAUCUCCAAAUCAGCAACGAUCUUCAUCUCCUACCUCGCAGCGGUGUCCGACGAGCUGGCCAAGCAGAACAACCGCAAGACCAUCAUGCCAGUAGACGUAGUUGAGGGUUUGGGUCUAAUGGAAUUCCCAGAGGAGAUCAGGCAAGAGUUGAAGCGGGAAGUCAGGGAAUUCAAGGUGUUGGAAGAGGAAAAGAAGAAGAGGGCGCCUGGAGGUGGAGGAGCUACUGCGGGUGGAGAUGCCAGUCCAGGGCCGGGAGAGGAUGGGGAGGAGGAGGGAGGAGAUGAGGAGGAGGGCGGCGCUGCUCGUGAUACGAGCGCGAUGGACGCCACCGGCGCUGGUGCAGGAGAUGAUGACGAUGACCAGUCGCGAGGCGAGCAAGAGGAUCAGUCCAUGGAUGCGGCUGCACGAGUAGGUACAGGAGGUGCUGAAUUAUCUGCUGUGCCAGAGCAGCAGUCAGCAGCAGCAUCAGCGCAACCACGGAACGACUCGAAGUCACCUCAGCCAGAGGACGAGGAGAUGAGGGAUUGAGCAAGACCUCAAUGCAUCACCGUGGGCCAAGCAAGACAACAACAGUGUACGGCCAAACACAGCAAGCGAUGUCGCGGCUUCCUUUCCCGAAUGUACAUCACCUCUUCUCGAUCACGCAUC